AUGUUGAACUCUUUUGCACAUUCCGGAAACAAGAAGAUCCGUGAGAUUCUCCCUGCCACAUCUCUUCAGGAUUGGUUUAGUCAACAUGUCUACGAUAAAUUACUUCAAAGAAUUGAAGAUUUUGAGCAUGAGGGCUCCGGAUGGAGUCUACUUGGACCCAACAGCUUGAUGGUGACCAUGUCACGAUUCACACCAACCCAAGUUGGAAACUCCACCUUCGUCAGAUUACCAAGGGAUAUUAUCAGGAAGAAUGCGGUUACGAACAUCCAAAACAAUGACGAGUUCUGCUUCCUG